AGACCUAUUCAAGUCUAAUGUCCCUGGUUGUGGGUACCUAGUGAGCAGUCAUUCUAUUAUAAACAAUCUCUGGACAGUGAUAAAGUGGCGUUAAAUAUGGCGGAUGUUUCAGCUAAACGUCAACGAGAUCCCGAGGCAACAAAUGAAUCAUCUAAUCAAACGAAGAAGGCGAAGACAGACUGUGAAACUGCUCGGGGAGAUAAUGGAAACGGAACAAAUGCCCUGUCUGGCUUUCAGACCACCAUCGUGUUGAGUGAUUCUGCCAGGGAGAAAACCAUCUUCGUCCAUGGGAAGCUUGCCGAUCAGAACGCCGUGGUCAUCCUGGAGAAGACUCCCAUCAGAGAAGACGCCCUGGCUGAAAUCUUCACCGCUUCUACUCUGAAGUUAGAGAUGAGGAAUGACAUCUACAGCACCUAUCGUCUCCAGGCUCCACCACACCUCAAUGAGAUCAAGGCGACAGUGGUGUGUCCAGCUACUGAGAAGCAUGUGAAUAAAUAUCAGCGUCGGGAGAGUUUCCUGGUGGAGGAGACUGCAGAGGACUACCAGUCCAUCACUCUGCCUUACAUCCAGAAGCAGAGUUUUAGUGUGCAGUGGGUAUACAACAUCUUGGACAAGAAGGCAGAGUCUGAGCGGAUAAUGUUUGAAGAUCCCGACCCAAAGCUUGGUUUUGUCCUCCUUCCAGAUUUCAAAUGGGACCAGAAACAGCUGGAUGAUUUGUAUUUGAUCGCCAUCACACAUCAGAAAAACAUCAAGAGCCUGAGAGACCUGACGUCGGAGCACAUACCACUGCUUCAAAACAUCUUCCAGAAAGCAAGGGAGGCCAUUCUCAAGCGCUACAGUCUCCCAGCCAGUAAGCUGAGAGUCUACCUGCACUACCAGCCAUCUUAUUACCACCUCCAUGUCCACUUCACCAAGCUGGGCUAUGACGCACCAGGCUGCGGUGUGGAGCGUGCACAUCUCCUCGCAGAUGUCAUCCAGAACCUUCAGGCUGACCCUAAUUAUUACAAAACAAGGACUCUCUACUUCCCCCUGCGGGCAGAUGAUGGGCUGCUCAGUCAGUUUAAGGAAGCUGGGAGAUUGUAACACUCCAUAUGCUUGUGACAAGCUAGUUUUUGUAUAUCCAUUGUUGGCUUUUACAUAUUUUCUUUAUCAGUUGUGAUAAGAGCCGAGUAAUUUUUAGCUACAAACAAUUUUAUGUGAAAAGUGUAUUUUUUGUGUGACAAGCAAAAUCAGUGAAUAAAUGAUUUUUGUACCUCUUUUCUACGUGUAUUUUAAACAUGCUAAGCUUUCAAAAUUACACAGUGGUAUUUGAUACAAGUUCAAGCCUGACUGAUGAUUGAGUUUUUUUCAAGCAUAAUUUUAACAUAUACUGUAAAUCAAAAUCACUGAAAUUCCAUAUUAUACUUCUAUUUCUAAAUGUAUUUACAUACACGAGGUCUGUGUUCAUGUUGACAUCCAGUAGUAGAGUUUAUAGUAAUCAGAAAAUCGGCUGGAUAUGUUUUGUCUAUGGAUUUAACUAUAACUUUUUAUACAUGUAACAUUAUCAAGGUUUUUUGUUUUUUUUACUUUUACUACCAAGUCUUUAGUUAUUGUGGUUAGAUGUCAUGUACAAGUAGUGAAUCAAGCAAUAUCUUGAUAUUAAUAAAA